UGGUACAUGGUGGCAUAGGAAACAAGUCGAUUUCGAUGUGUCCCCUCGUGAACGUCAUGACAGAGGUUUUGGUGAAAGAUGAAAGCCAACUUUGUUUCAAGGUACGCCAUGUUGCAGACGCAGAUGCAAUGGAUGUAUGGGUUAAGAAGGACGAAGUCUUGACGAAAGUUGUCAAGUCAACAGUGGAAGACAGGGUUUCUUCGUUCGUAUCAAAGUGCGUCGUGCAGAUAAAGAAAACACUCUGUCUUCAGAACAGAAACAAAAGAGUAGUCCGCAUCACGGUUGAUGUUGAUCAGGACAUAUACAAGUCUGUGUUUGGACAUGUAGGAAGUGACGUCAUGGUAAAUGGGACUAAGUACACCAUUGUCCCGGAUAAUUCUGAACUAGAACAAUACUUUGGGGCAGGAUGGAACUUGCGAAUGUUAAAUAGAAGAGGGGACUUUAUGUUUGUCGUUCCCGGUACGUUUAAAGCAUGCUUAAAGAGCCAUGCCCCUGUGAAAGAGUUCGUACCAAGUUCAGCGGGUCUCAUAGAAAAAUGGAUGUGGCAGGGAUUGUUUUGUGAGCUUGUCUUUGUUCCAGAAUUUGGCACAGGGCCGGAUUAUUUUCACCUCAUGUGGUACUCUUUGGACACCUUGGUAUAAUGCACGAAGAUCUAUAGCUCGUAGUGAAAAUUCACUUUGAAUGUUCCUUUGGCACCAACGUGUCUACCCAUAACGAAAUGAAUGGCAUUUUGCUACAUGUACCGAUGUGCAAUCAAGUCUGAACAACAUCGUCUCCUGGGCCUUUAUUCUCGAAACGUUCGUAGCCCUAAGAGCUCUUAACUUUGAUCGUAGCCAA